AUGGCAAGAAUUAGACACUUCGUCCUGAAAGUGUUUCUGUUGAACAUUACGGUAGUGGCAGCAUAUGUUGAAGAACUCGAUGGCACGUUUAAGGAGACCAGGCUGAAUGAGCCGUGGCUAGUUGAAUUCUAUGCUCCUUGGUGUGAUUAUUGCAAAGUGUUCGAGUCGGUAUGGUACGAAGUGGGUGCGGAGUUGAAAAGUUUGGGCUCUCCGGUGAACGUGGGCAAGAUUGACACCACAGUCCAUAAUAAUGUUGCUUCAGAGUUUGGUAUCCGUGGGUAUCCUACAAUAAAACUAUUCAAGGGUGACCAAUCCUUUGACUACAAAGGUCCCAGAACAAAGGAUGCCAUCAUUGACUUCACCAACAGAGUGGCUGGACCCAUUGUCAGGCCACUCACCAGCCCACAUUUGUUCCAGCAUGUCAUGAGUCGUCAUGACCUCUUUUUUGUCUACAUCGGCGGAGAAUCUUCUCUCAAGGAGGAGUACCUCAAAGUGGCAGCCGAAUAUAUAGUUUACAUCCAUUUUUUCUCUGCCCCUGAAAAUAUUCUACCAAAGGCAGUUACUCUUCAAGGUGUGCCUACUGUAGCAGUAUUUAAGGAUGGAACAUACUACUUGUACAGUGAAUAUGAGGAUGGUGAUCUCUCCGCCUGGGUAAACCGAGAGCGUUUCCUUGGUUAUCAGCAGAUGGAUAGCUUCACUCUUUAUCACAUGGGGGAAACAAGUAAACUUGUAGCACUAGCUGUUGUAGAUGAGAUGAAUCCGUCUGAAGAGAGUAUUCGUUAUAAGACUCUGAUGGAAAGAAUUGCAACAGAAUACAGAAACCAUUACAACAGAGAAUUCCAGUUUGGAUACAUGAAUGGGAAUGCCUACAUCAAUGGUUUAGUGAUGGGUGAGGUUUUGAUGCCCUCCAUCAUUGCUUUAAACCUCUCCAAUGAUGGAUACUAUCUGCCAAAGCAACAGAUUGAGACCUUGGAGGAUCUGGUUCAGUUCCUUGAUAGUAUUCUGGAUGGAACAGCUCAGUUGCUUGGAGGGAAUGGAUUCUUUCAACAGAUCCAUAGAACUGUUUACAAUGCAAAGAGCACUUUAAUGUCAAUGUUCCAGAAUGCUCCGGGCUUUGUUUGCCUGCUGCUCAGCCUGCCCCUGGGUCUUGUGGUUUUUGUGUUAUAUGGCAUCUGCACGGCAGUGCCAGACGACAGCUCACAGAGUGACUCUUCGCCGCUCCUGUUACAGAGUCACUCUGAGGACACACAGGGGGCGACGUCUGCGGAGCAGAAGGCUGAGGAGCAAAAGAGCUCAGAGGCCAAGAAAGAGGAUUAA